AUGAGGAGAGGAAGAGCCGCCGUGACAUCCGCUGCGGCUGCAGAUGCUAAACAAGCCGUGGAAACCAACGGAUCUGCACCACAAAAAAUCCUAAACGGAAGAGAACCGAGAUAUAGAGGAGUUCGUAAAAGACCAUGGGGCAGAUUUGCUGCGGAGAUUAGAGAUCCAUGGAAGAAGACGAGAGUUUGGCUUGGUACUUUUGAUUCUGCAGAAGACGCUGCACGUGCUUACGACAAGGCGGCUCGUACGCUUCGUGGACCGAAAGCUAAAACCAAUUUUCCUAUCUCUACUUCUAAUUUAUCUCCUUUCACCUAUCAAAACCCGCCCGACCCGUUCAUGGAUCACCGGAUUUAUUCAUCAAAUGCAUUUCAAGAGCAUCAUGUAAAUCCUCAAAGACCUACGUCUAGCAGUUUGAGUAGUACCGUCGAGUCCUUCAGCGGUCCCCGGCCACCAACGACGGUGCUACCACCAAUAUCAACAACAAAAUCAGGUGUUUUAUUAGCGACGGUAACGAGAGGUCACAAGAGACACCAUCCUCGGACCCCGCCGGUGGUGCCGGAAGAUUGUCACAGCGAUUGUGAUUCAUCCUCUUCAGUAGUUGACGAUGGAGAUAUUGCAUCAUCGUCUUCUCUAUACAGGAAGCCGUUACCGUUCGAUCUGAAUUUUCCACCGUUGGAUCAGGUUGACUUUGCUGGUGAUGAUCUUCAAUGCACUGCUCUAUGCCUUUGA